AUGGCCUUGAAAGAUCCCAAUGGACGUCUCUCUUCUUGGAUUGGCUUGGACUGUUGCUCUUGGACCGGCGUGCAUUGCCACAACUACACUGGGCAUGUUAUAAGGCUUGAUCUCCGACACAAUGGUGGCAUCGGGUACUUGGGAGGUAAUUAUCUUGAUAUGGUUGGAAGCCAUUGGCUCACAAAUCUUUCUUCUCUUCAAUGCUUGAAUUUGACUGAAAUUAACUUUACAAAUCUUCGAUUCCUUGAUCUUUCCUCCAAUGAUAUUAACUCUGCCAUGCCUCUUUGGUUGUUCAAGUUGAGUGGCCUUGAGUAUCUUAAUCUUCAAUAUAAUAAUUUUCAAGACCUUAUCCCUUCUGAUAUUGGGAAACUUACUUCUCUUAGGGUCCUUGAUCUCUCGGGAACUAAAUAUUUCUCUGGUGAUCUAAAUAGAUUGGGAGAAAUAUUUUCCGGGAGUUUAGAGGAGUUGUAUUGGAGUGAUGCAUCACUCAGUGGGCCAUUGCCAAGUUGGUUGGGGAACCUUAAGUCUCUUAAGGCUCUUGACCUUUCCUACAACUCAGUUUAUGGCUCACUUCUUCAGCUCCGAUUACCAUCUUUGCAGGCCUUGUAUCUUUCUUCCACUAAUUUCAAUGGAACUAUUCCAUACUAUCUGGGACAAUUAUUUCCAGAGCUGGACAUGUUGGACCUUUCUUAUAAUAAUAUAGCAGUGAGACCUGAUUGGGUUCCUCCACCUAAACUAAAAUAUUUGCAUAUGAACGAUUGCAAAGUGGGCCCAAGAUUUCCAUCAUGUCAAAUGCAAGUAUUGGUGAUGCGCUACCACUAUGGUUUUGGAACUUCUCUUUGGAUAUUGUAG